AUGUUGGGCCCGCGUAAAGAAACAAGGUCAACCAAAAAAGAUGAUAAACGCGAACAAUUCGAGGAAGCAACUGUGGAAGCCAGUGAACCCGAAGGCAGCAUGGCAUCUCUGCUAGCAGAGCUAAAGAGCUUCAGAAAAGAGCAUACGGAUGCCUCUAACGAUACCAAGGCCACUCUUGUCCGUGUUGAAAACACCCUGAAAGAAGUCGUCGAACGGACGGCCAAACUCGAACAGGAAAUGACUGAUAUUAAGGAGAGGGUGAGUGACAAUGAGGACCAGCUUCAGCGCCAUGACAGAGCUAUACGCUACAUGCUACAAAGAGAAGCUAAGCUUUCAGCUAAGUGCGAGGACCUCGAAUCCAGAUCCAGGCGCAACAACCUGCGCAUAUUCGGGGUGCGCGAGGGGGAAGAGAAAAACGACAUGAUUCGCUUUAUCACAGGUAUGAUUCGCAACACACUGAAAUUACCACAAGAUCUGGAUCUUGGCGUAGAGAGGGCGCACCGCUCACUAACUAUGAAGCCGAGAGAAGACGCGCCACCACGGUCCAUUAUAGUCAGAUUCUUGGACUACAGAGUGAAAGAUCGAGUUCUACAAGAAGCGUGGAAAACCCGCGGGAUCACAUAUCAGGACCAGAAGGUGUUUUUUGACCAGGAUUACACCGCUGAUAUUCAAAAGAAACGCAAACAAGUGAGAGAGGUGAUUAAACAACUUAAAGAGAGGAAGAUGAGAGCUGUUUCGCCGUUUCCUGCUCAGCUGAAAAUCCAAAUGGAUUCGGGAGUGAAGACGUUCUCUACACUCGCACAGGCAGCACCAACCCUCAAGCAGUUGGGAAUAAAGGUGAACAUAAGUGAGAGAGAGAUGCGUCGGGAAGACCUACUUCACAACAACACAUGGACCACGAGAUCAAAGGAUCCUGGGAACACAACGAUGGCCAGUGCGGACCUGGACCUGCUUCUGCGAGAAGACGUGUAG